UCUGCCUGCAGACUGGAAGCAGGUGAGACGCACAAGGGAAGGACUUCAGCUGCGUGGAAGGAGGGGUGGCUUGGGGGACCCGGCCCCUCGGGGAUGGGGCUGGUUUGCAGGUCAGCGCGUGGACAUCUGCCCAGAAAGCGACAAAGACGGCGAAGUUUGACGGUCUGGAAAGCAGAGACCAACCGGGCUGACUACCUGGGAGCACGGAGACUCCGGACAGCGCCUCUCGGGGUCCAGGGAGGGAACCGCGACCUGCUUCAGCACGCGCGUCUGGACAGCUCCCAGCAGGUCCCGGCGGCCUCAUUGCAGCCACAGGGCACGGACAGCUCCCCAGAUGAGAUGAAACGGCACACAGAAGUCUGUAAUGCCCAACAGGAGGACCAGGAAUGGAAGACAGGAGGCGGUGGAGAAGCAAGAAGCCCAUAUGCUACAACUUGGCUCAGUUCCAUGGACCAACUACAGGACAGGUGUAAAUUUGUGCCUGGUAGGUGAGUUGUGGCAUCGGCGAGGGGUCACCCCCAGUUCUCUGCGACACCCUAAUCAAGUCGAGGACACCACAUUGAAGUCAUUCCGGCCUCAGAGCCUUGGUCUUUGCUGCGCCCUCAUCUUGGAAUGCUCUGCCUCCCCGAGCACCCCACGAGCUCUCUCUCCCUUCUUAUCCCGGCCUCAUUUCACCAAGGGAAACUUUCCUUGUUGCCUCACCACCCACCUCAUCAAGCCUGUGUUAUACACUCUCAUAGACCUGGGAUGUCUCCUCUCCAGCACUUGCUCCGAUUAUUGUUAACUGUUCACGGGACUGUCUGUCACCCCCAUUACACUGUGAGCUCCAUGAGGGCAGAGACUGCGUUUGUGUUUUUCACUGCUGUGGCCCCAGCACCUAACCAGGGCCUGGCACACAGCAGGCACUCAAUAAACAUUGGUUGAAUCAAUAAAG